AUGAACAGUGACCCGCCCCCUCCCUACCCCGGGGGUCCCACAGCCCCACUAUUAGAGGACAAGCAUGGCUCUCCCAGCAUGGAAGAUAACAGACAAGCUCCAGGGGCCUAUCCGCCCAGCAUGCCCUUUGCCCCCCCAGAAUCUGGACCUCCUCCAUAUGAGGCUAACCCAGGAUACAUUCCCCCAAACCCAGGUUAUUACCCUCCUCCUGGACCCUAUGGACCUAUGGGCUACUACCCACCUACGGCUGGACAGUAUCCACCCCAAUUCCCGUCCCCUGGUGCACACGCCACCACCACUGUCAUUAUGCCACCUGGAGCCAGUGCUGCUUCUGCCACCACCACCUCGGUGACCGUACUGCAAGGCGAGAUGUUCCAGAGUUCUCCAGUACAGACAGUGUGCCCGCACUGCCAGCAGCCAAUCACCACUAACAUCACCCACGAGAUCGGCCUCAUGAAUCUCCUGCUGUGCUGCUUCUGCUGCUUUGUGGGAUGUGACCUCGGCUGCUGUCUCAUUCCUUGUAUGAUCAACGAUCUGAAAGAUGUAACCCACACCUGCCCUAACUGCAAGGCCUACAUCUACACCUACAGGAGAAUGGGCUAA